UUUUCUUGUUUACCUGGUUGCGCAAAAGUCGUGCACUAUCGCAUGUUUACAUUUAAUUUAUUUAGGGCGGACAGUGUUAACGAAAAACAGCUCCAACGUUGAUAUAUUAAAAGAUCCAUAUCAUUUCGUCGACGCCAGUGCAUGUCAGCAAUUAAUCUAUUUUCAAAGAGAGCUUUAUAACCCUGUUAAUAAUUUAUUUCUCUGACUUAGGCGACGGAUUUAAGAGAGCUAUCUGAUCGAAAUAAACUGAACACGUUGAUUAAUUGGGAAAGAGCACUUAGUCCUUUCCUAAUGCUUUCAAUGAAGUUUUUGCUUUUCAUAAACAAGUUCUGGCGGAUUGAGUUUUCGAACGGUAGUGAAUGAGGUGAUAAAGAGUGGGCGAGUGAGGGAUAUGGAAUGCGAUGGAUAAUGAGCAGCCACAUCAAGAGCACGUCAAAUGCGUGGUGGUGGGAGACACGGCAGUGGGCAAGACACGUCUUAUAUGCGCCAGGGCAUGCAACGCUCGGCUCACGCUCAGCCAGCUCCUAACCACACAUAUACCCACCGUCUGGGCUAUCGACCAGUACCGCAUCUACAAAGAGGUGCUGGAACGAUCAUGCGAAGUUGUUGAUGGCGUCAAUGUGUCCCUAAGGUUAUGGGACACAUUCGGAGAUCAUGAUAAAGACAGAAGAUUUGCAUACGGGAGGUCGGAUGUAGUGCUCCUUUGUUUCUCCAUUGCAAAUCCAAUGUCAUUAAGAAACUGCAAGGUGAUAUGGUAUCCAGAGAUUCGCCGAUUUUGCCCAAGUACUCCCAUCGUACUAGUGGGCUGCAAAAAUGACUUGCGUUACAUGUACAGAGACGAACAGUUUCUCAGCCUCUGCAGAGACCGCAGUCCAUUUUUCAGGGGAAAUCAUCCAUGUGUCUCAAGCAGAUUUCCAGAAUUUGGAAGGCCACUGAGGGAGUGUGAUAUUCUAUCCCCGGAACAGGGGAGACAAGUUGCCAAAGAAAUUGGGGCACCUUAUUACGAGACCAGUGUCCUCACUCAUUUCGGUGUCAAUGAGGUAUUUGAGAAUGUAAUAAGAUCAGCGUUGCUCUCAAGACGGCAGCAGAGAUUCUGGAUGACGAAUUUGAAACAUGUGCAGCGCCCCCUUCUACAAGUUCCUUUCUGCCCUCCUGAGCCAAGACCCCCACAAGUGAUAGUCCCCCCUCCACAGUUCGAAGAUGACAUGUUGUCUUUGCUGCACAGUCAAGCCUACACAGACGUCAUCUUCCUCACUGGCAAAGUAGGAUUUGCUGCACACAAGUCUGUACUCUCUGCGGUGUGUAGUUCCCUUCACAAACUCUUCACCAUUGAUGUCUCACCUGAUAUGACUCUCAGUGGAAGAAGUGCCAGUGAUUCUAGUGUAGUUAGCUCAUCCGAUAGUUCAAUAGGAAAUUUUAACAUGGACACCGAGCAGUUGAUUGCCGAGAGUCCUCAUUCUGUUAUCACAUGUGCCUCUUUCUGCCUUUCUCGCAGUAGCAACCACCACAACAAUGCUAACCAGAACAACUCAGAGACUCGCCACGGAUCUGUCCGGCGGAGAUCCACCACCUGCCAGAUCCAUCCUGAAUCCACCCACAACAUUACGACAGGGAUCCGACGACUACUCGAUCAUCGUGCUUAUCAGUGCAUAAGUAUAGAACGAUGUGAAGGUCUUGAUCACCGGGGGAGGGUCACCUCCUCUGUACAGACUAUAGUCACGCUCACCAAAGUCAUAACGCCUGGUGCCAUGCAGAAUUGUCUUAGAUUUCUGUACACUGGGGGACUUGACCAUAAAAUGUGCAUGAAUAUGACAGAGCUGCUAGAGGCAGCAGAACUCAUGGAAAUACCGGAACUUCAGACUUUUGACUGGGACUCUCCUGUACAGUUACUGAUUGGCAAUGGACAACAUAAUCAGAAGGAAUGCAACACAGAUCUACAGAAGAAAUUUGCUCAGAAAGUUAGGAAUCGGAUGAGAGAGGUCUGUCUGCACCAGGGGCUGUUUUCAGAUGUAUAUUUCCAACUGGAAGACGGCCUUUGUUGUGCGCACAAGCCUAUUUUGAUGGCUCGCUGUGAUGUCAUGGCUGCCAUGUUUCGUGGAGAUUUUAGAGAGAGUUCUGCCAAAGUUGUGCAUUUUCCCGGUAUCAGCAAAAGCUGCUUCCAGCAACUCUUGGUCUAUCUGUAUACAGACGAAGUGGACGAUUCCGUGAAUCCAACCAACUGUUUAGAGCUGCUAGAGCUUGCCAACCGACUGUGUCUCUCAAGACUGGUCGGACUUGUCGAACAGAAAGUCAUUCACGACCUGGUAAAGCUCUCUGAUGUUGGAGUGGACUCCACCGAACACGCCCUCAGAUUACUCGAGCCUUGCCAAAUGCAUAAUGCAGACCAGUUAGCUGACUGGUGUCUGUAUCACAUAACUGUUAACUACAACGAGAUUUGCCGAAAGACACCAAAGUUGCUAAGAAAUCUUCACCCUGAGAAUCAAGCCUAUUUAAACAGGAAUCGUUGGCCUCCCGUUUGGUAUUUAAAAGAGAUCGAUCACUACGAACGUUGUGUGAGAGAACGUCAAUGGGAAGAGAAGCCGCCAAAACUUUUUAAACGCCAUAGAAAUAACAGUACAAGUGGAUGUCUCUGUUUCUCUGGAAGGAACAGGAACAGUGAUUCUAAACGUGCCUACCGUACUGUUUGAUUGAUUUAUGAGGGUCUUUUAACUCUAUAAGCGCAUGUUUAAUUGAAAGUCUUUUACUAAGCACUUACACUGUUUGGUGUAGAAAUGAAGAAUUCAAAUAACACAUAAAACGUGCUGCGCAUUUUAAAUAAGCUAAUACGAACUUAUUGUGUGCCCCCUAACUUCUCUUUUCUGAUGAUUUCUGAUUUACUUGAUUCAUGAGCUUUGUUUGAGAGAAACAGAUCUCUUGUUGGAAUGGAAAGUUUUGAGAAAAUAUGUCUUAUUUUCGCAUCAUGCUUUAAGCUCUGUCAGUAUACAUGUAAAAAUAAUACCAAUGUCUAAAAUUGUUCAUGAUGCUAAUCUUAAGCAUUUUUACUGAUAAAUCUUAUCGCUUGGCUUAAAACUAAGAGCAUAUGGAAGGGAAAAACAUAUGGUUUUUGUUAUUUGUUCUGGAUUUAUUGUUUAAUCUGUAUUGGAAAUGUUAUUUUUUUAAUGUUUAAAAUUGUGUUAAUUAUGCAUUGUGAUUAUAACUGGCUUUUAAAAACAAAAUUGUCAUUUAAAUUGUUUUUCUUUCUGUAUUUAUGUUAAAAUUUGUCAGCAUCAUGGAUGAUCUGCAUUUUCCAUGGAAGUUUUAAAGUAUAAAUUUCUUUACGAAGUCAUUAUGUUUCCAAUUAGAAGGUUAUCUUAAUAAAGCUACAAAGUGUGUCAUAAAAACUACCCUUAAUAUAAAUUUUUUGAAUUUUUUCCCAAAAUUGACCUAAAAACACGUACACCAUUAAGAAUUGUAAGUUAAUAUUUAAAAGCAAGAAAAAAUUACUAUUGAAGUCUAACAAAUUACUACUUAGAGAAUUAAUACUGAAAGCAUCAAAACCUUUUUGAUUUUUGUAUAGAGUUAAAAGAUUACUAAAAUUAUCUCCAGGUUUCAUCAGACAAUCAAACUGGUUUUGAUAUUAUCGAUGAUUCUACAGAUAGUAUUUUAGUUCUUUCCUUGCUUAUUUGAACAUAAAUUUGUGACCUCUACUGUGUUCACUUUUUUAAACUUUAUGUUUGACAAGGUUUCUAAAACCCUAUAUUAAGAAUAAUCAUAACAGAUAACCCUGUUAAGAAAAUGUGAUUGAGUAAUAAAUUAUUUUAAACUUUCAUGGAUCACAUAUCAAUCAUAUAAGCUGAGCUAAUUUUAAACUUAUUUAAAUUUUUGUGUAAAUUUCAUGGAUUAGUUUCUCUAAUGUGUUUAAAUCUUAUAGAGAUGAAAAAUUUACCUCUAAUUUGGCUUCACUUUUUACAAGUGUUUUGUUUAAUGUUGACUAUAGUAGAAAUAUAUAUUAUAUGAAUCUGCUUAAUGUUUUUGAAUUGUACUUUCAUGCACUGCAAACAUUGCUUUAAUCACAUAUAUGAUCUAUUUUUUAAAUCUUCACUUUCGAAAUCGCAUCUAGCUUUAUUUUAUAGCACACUAUUUUAUUAACCUGAGACUGACUUGAAAACCUUUUUUUUCUUUCUUUUUUUUCCGUAUCAAACUACAAUAUCGGAUCAAUGAUAGGUGUGACAUAUUUUCAAACAUUUUUGACAACUUUGUAAGAAGCAAAGGUUUCUGUCAAAACUCACAACAAACAAAAAGGCCUAUACUUAAUAAGUAACAUGACCUAUGACUUUCUAUAAAUGUGAUUUUUGUCUUCGCUUUAUUAUUUAUUAAUUACUUUUUAAAUAGAAAAUGUCACUAUUUUAACUUUGAAUGCAUAACCACUUUUGACAAAAAAAUAUUAUUUUUUCUGUUAAAAUAAUUACAAUAAGAAGUAUCUUUUCCUAAAAAAAUUUUUAAGUUUUUAGUUUUACGUUUUUUUUAAUGUUUUAUUCGUAAAAUUAAAAUUUGUUACUUAUUUGAACAAAGGACUAUCCUUACAUCCAGUUGUUGGCUAAGGGGGUCAUAGAAGUAAAUUAUCUAAUUUUGAAACAAACAGCAUGAUAGUGACCAUGUGGUCAAUAUUGCUUUUUUGAAGCCUUUACUUUACAGACAAGCUAGUACCGAAUUGAUCUGACGCUGGAUGGGCUUCAAGUCACCACCAAGGGUCGAAUCCCAAUCCUUUACCAUCAUGAAAGCUCAAUUCCUUAAGUACAGUAUUUUCUGGGUACAUCUAUUUAUUGAGUUGAUUAAGUUGGUGCAUAACAUACAUCCUUUUAAUCUUAAGUUUUAAAUUAAAGAGAAAUCAUAAAAUGCUCUGAAACUUAUGUUUUUUUAACAAUUCAAAACUGUUUACAAUUUACAUUCUUUUUUCACUAAUAUAUUACUGUGAUUGUAAUAAAUGUGAGGAAAAGAUUUGUUCAUUAGUUUAUGCAAGUAUCGUGAAAAUGUCAACAUUAGAAAUGCUGCUGCUUUUAAUGUUGUCUAAGUGUGAUGUAUGGUUGGACCAUAUUAAGAACUGGUUUUGUUUUAUUGGUGAAGAGGUCGAAAUUGAAGUCCAUGAUCGUUAUGCUAACAAUGAAGUUUCUUAGUAAAUGUGUGUAAAUUUUAUAUUUGUAUUAUUCCUAAUAUGUAUAAUUCACAAUAUUGCACUAUAUUAGUUAAAAAAAACUUCUGUUUUAGUUUUUGCUAAUUUAGAAAGUCAAAAAAACCACGAAAUUUAAUUCUUACG